CAUGAAGCAGAAGCAGCUAUGAACAUCUCUACAGCUCCUUCCCUUAAAGUGCUCUGUGUGACUGAAAAUAAGUAACUGACACACUUAAUUAUGCUUUCAUUUCCAAAAACCUGAUUGACAAGCAUUCCAAACCUUCCUGUUUGCCUUCUCAAAGUUAAACACAGGAGGUAGGGGAGCAGCAGUGUGUAAUCAUGUUGGAGGAGAGUGAGGACAGUGAGGAUAACACUGCUAACAUUAACACGUUUCAGGACAAUGAAUUCUACAUUGCGAUCAUGGAUGAAGAUUUGGCACACAUCGACAGCAAGUCAAAAAUGUAUGGGAGCAACUUUCUCAUAAAGAUACAAGACGGUGCACGCAUUAAAGUCAACCACAAGGGUCUGGCUGUCCACCCCCUUCAUCUGGCUGCCUCUUACAGAAGAGUAAGGAGCAUGAAAAGCCUACUUACAGCAGGGGCGGAUCCUGACAUGAGGGACCGGCAAGGUCGCACCACCCUGCACCUGAUAAUAACCAGCUGGCCACACGUCCAGAGCACCAAAGCACAUUCUAAGUUAAGGACCAGUGCGAGCAGCUUGCAGCAGCGUGCGGAGGCCUGCCUCCACGUCCUCUGUGACCAUGGAGCUAAUGUCAACGCUGAGGUGGACGGGGAGGACCAUCAGACAGCUCUCCACCUGUGUGUACGCUAUGCAAUUCCACCCGCCAUCCAAAUGCUGGCCAACUAUGGUGCUGAGAUAAAUGUUAUGGACAGAAAGGGGAUGACGCCUCUGCACAUGGCCUCUGGGAUGCUCGACACGGAUACCACAGCCUGCCUGAUCAGGCAUGGAGCAAAUGUCAACAUGGUGGUGAAGCAUUCUGGGAACACUCCUCUGCACCUGGCUGCUUUAGCAGCAACAACGAGGAACCGUAAAACAUUGGAAAACGACUUUAGCUGCCUUUCUGAGCUCCUGGAGCAUGGGGCCAACCCUGACGCAGUGAACAACGCAGGUAUGACACCUUUACACGAGGCAUGCAGCUCAGGCAACGAGGCACUGGUGGACCUAUUGCUGUCUUAUGGAGCCGACAUCAACAAGCGGACCAAAGCAGGAGAGAACUGCUUGUUCCUGAUCCUGGACCACAAGUCCAACAUGAGGCACAGAUCUCUGCUGGACAAAGUCCUCAGCCUGACCUCCCCACUCAUAGUCUACAACCGAAAAGGCCUCCUGCCAGCCACCUUGAUGCUACCACAGUUCAUCAAGCUGGGGCUUGAGCUGCUCAACCUGGCUCGCCAGCCCAGGAAACUUAAAGAUAUUUGCAAGAUUCAAAUUUAUCUAAAAUACAGCAGGGGCAAGACAGAGGAGUUGAGACAAAUCCUUCCUAAGAAGCUGUACGACUUUGUCUUCAACAACUGGGAGAAUACGAACAGCGUCUUCUCUGUGAAAUGUGGUUUACCUCCUCUGCCUUGGCAUUAGGCGUGGGAAAUUGUGGAAAAUUCCUACACAUGUAUGCUAAAGU